UCUUGCACAGUUCACAACAACAACGUCGACAAGUACAUUUGGAUUUUCAGUCCCCCCAUAAACAAACUCAGAGACCAAUCUUUAAACUAAAGCCCUCUUUUUGUUUGUUGAUGUUUUGGUCCGUCUCUCCUCCCGAGUAUUCAGUAUUCUCUCCGGUUCGAACUUCAUGGGCUAUCUGUCUUGCAGAGCUGACUCUGCCGUCCUAACCUCCAACUCCCACACCACCACCGGUACCGGCACCGGCACUGUCAGAGCCCAAAGGAACAGUCACAAAGGAGAAACAGAGAAGCCCAUCAAAAUCCAGCAAUUUGAAUACAGUGACCUCGAAGCUGCCACAAAUGGUUUCUCGGAGCAGAAACUGCUGGGUAGGGGCAGCCAUGGCUGCGUCUACAAAGGGGUGCUCCGCAGUGGCCGCCUCGUGGCCGUCAAGAAACCCUCUCGAGGCGCUGCCCCACAUGUAGCAUCAGCAGCGGACAACACUAAUGAGGUAGACAACGAGAUUGAUAUCCUCUCCAAGCUCUACAGCCCUCGGCUCGUGAAUUUGGUGGGCUUCUCCAAUGACUCGAAGGACCGGCUUUUGGUCGUGGAGUUCAUGAGCAAUGGCACCCUUUACGACGUUCUUCAUACCAGUCCUCGUCCGCCCACUUGGGGUCGAAGAAUUCGACUUGCCCUUCAGACUGCCAAGGCCAUAGACACCCUUCACUCGUCCGUUCCUCCGGUGAUUCACAGAGACAUUAAGUCGGCCAAUGUGUUAAUUGAUCGUAAUUUCAAUGCUCGGUUGGGCGACUUCGGUCUGGCAUUGCGGUGCCAUGUCGACGAUUUCCGGCUCCGGUCGACGCCGCCUGCAGGCACAAUUGGGUACCUUGAUCCUUGCUACGUUACGCCGGAUAAUCUGAGUACUAAGACAGAUGUGUUCAGUUUUGGUAUUCUUCUGUUGGAGAUUAUCAGUGGCAGAAAGGCGAUUGAUGUCGGGCAUUCUCCUCCUUCAAUCGUGGAUUGGGCUAUACCGCUUAUACGGAAAGGGAAGCUUCUUGUUGUUUAUGAUCCAAGAAUUCCACCUCCGAAGGACCCGUCUGUAAGGAAACAAUUGGCAGUCCUCGCAGCAAAGUGUGUGCGGUCUAGCAAGGAGCGUCGCCCUUCCAUGAAGGAUAUUGUUGAGUGCCUUACUCUUCUGAGUAAGUCCGUUCCACUCCAUUCAUGGAAUGGUUUCUCUGUUAAUCCAUGCUUGAUGGUUGAUAUAGUGGGACGCCCUGUUGGACAUGAAAAUACCCACUUGAAUUCAAGGCCGAGGCAGCAAGUAGGAGAGAAUGGGGAUGUUGGGGAUACCAGAAGUGCUCGACAGUUGAGGAAUUUGAGAAGGGUGUAUUCUGAUUUGGGCUUCGGUCCCAGGAACAAUUUGAUGGAUCUCAUGGCUGUGAUGGAAGGGGAGUCCAGUUUUCGUGGUGAGACCUGUGGAGCUCAACCUGUUCCUGUAGCAUUUCAAGGUUGUGGCUAUAGAGUGGGGAGUGGAAGAUUUGUUGGACGGCGGAGAAUUCGUUCUGUAGCUCGUGGUUUUGAUAGGGAUGUCUUCCAAUUGAGGAGAAACCAAUCUGUUGGGAGACGCUUAGAGACAUUCACCAGAAGGAAUGGGGCUGUUCAUGAGGAUAGUACAGCAGUUAAUGCUCAAACUAAGGACCCUGUUUAGUUCUUCCUGAUAUUUAAUUGAAUGGCUAUGUGGAUCCUCUUUUUGCAAUUUGACAAGGGAUCAUGGCUGAAGCUUACAACCUCCACUUGUCGGUAUAUCAUUGUUGUAGAGUAGUAAGUAGUUCAUUUGUCAAUGCCUUUCAUUGGAGAGGCCUUUCUAUCAUGUUCAUAUGUUAUUGUUUUGUUGAAUUAAUUAUCAGCCUAAAUGUAAAUGGAAUGGACAUCUCCCAUGUCCCUAUUAUCAAUGUGUUCAUCCUUGUCUCUAAUUCACUUCCUUUUUGUUUUAAGCUGAUUCGCAAUGUUUAGGUUACUGAAGAUCUUAAUCGAUAAGUUCAGUUAGCUUCUAUGGAA